AUGAAGUUUUGCGAUGAUAAUGGCUACUUUGAUCCUGUUAUGAACUAAAGACUUUUUGAGGGAUCCAUUUCUCUAUUUCAAAGCGCUUUCUUCAAUACUUUCUAAGAAACAAGAGAAAACUUUUUGCAACCAAACCCCUCACUUUGUGAAGCCUCAGGCUAUUCUUAGUCUCAAUAGCAGAUCACUUCAAUUUAACAACUUGGAAACAAUGAAAAUGAUUUUGAUGAAAAUGAUAAUCCAGACUUAGUACAUUACUACGAGAAUUCAAACUCAUAAAGUGCCAAUUUGGAGACUUUUAUUGGAAAUAUUGUUGCCUUCUAAAGGUGCUCUUAUGUAUUUUGCCUACAAUCCAUUUCCAUUGAAUAUGAUUAAGAAUUGAAAAGAAAGAGGACUACCUUCAACAAAAAAAGUGAGUAUACAUUCUAAAAGGCAAAAUCUAUUAAUGAUGAUUUCCCUUGUGCUUCAACAGAAUUUUACUAUCAUCCAGGAAUAAAAGGAAUUAUAUACUUAAUGGAUGACAAUCUUACGAUAAGUGGAAUGUAUGACGCAGGCUUCCCUGAAAACGGAGAUCCCUGCGAGCAAGAUCUCUUUACAGAUACAUCAUGGGAAACUAUUGGACUUAUUUAUACUAAAAAAGAUGUCAAAGGCUAUACAGUUAUGAUCCUAAAUGAAACGGAUUACUUCGAGAGUUCUAUAACAACUUUAGAUAAAGCAAACACAGUUUUUUGGAAAAUACACUAAUCAAGGGUCUUUAUUGAUGUCAAAAAUCAUACAGAUUUCUACAAUUUUACAGUUUAAUUUGGAAGAUAUCAUGCUAUAGUCCUUAAUCCUGGACUUUGUGGCUAAAUGAGAAAUACAACAGAUUAUAACAAUAUGAGGGCUUUUGUUGUAAAUCUGAGAAGAAUGGAGAUAGAAAAAUGUCUAACUCAAUCGUUGGUUGGGUGUGGAGAUGGUGUAUUUAAAAGCUUAAAUGAAGAAGAAUGCGAUGAUGGUAAUCUUAGUGAUGGCGAUGGAUGCUCAAGCAACUGUAAGAUUGAAGAAUUUUACAAUUGCACUAAAGUUGAAGGCAAAAAGAGUGUGUGCUCUCCAAUCAUUUGUAGUAAUGGUAAAAAAGACGAUGGGGAAGAGUGUGACGAUGGAAAUUUACUAGAUGGUGAUGGCUGCAAUUCAACAUGUAAGGAAGAAAUUGGAUGGAGCUGUGCUGAAUUUUUUACGUGUAAAAAGAUGUGUGGAGAUGAAAAAAUUUACUAGCAAAACAAGAAAUAUGCAAAUGGUAGCAUUUAUGAAUUCUACAGAGAGGAAUGUGAUCAAGUAGUAGGCUGCAAUAACGAGACUUGUAGAGCUGACCUUGGUUGGAACUGCACUCAGAAUAUGACAGAUCUUACAGGAGAAUGCAUCUAGUAUUGUGGAAAUAAACAUAAUGAGUCUUGGGAGCUAUGUGAUGACGGUAACAAUGUUGGUGGAGAUGGUUGUGCCAAAGGUUGUAUGGAAAUUGAAUUUCCAUUUAAAUGUCCACCUGUUGGUAAAUGCUCAUCAAGUUGUGGAAAUAGGUAGUUUGAAGGUCUUGAUCUUUCGAUUGGCUUUAACAAAGAGUUAUAGGGUGAAGAGUGUGAUGAUGGCAAUAAUGUAGACGGCGAUGGUUGUUCUUCUGCUUGCAAGAAAGAAGAAGGAUACACAUGUGUGAACAUUUUCUGGAAGCUCGUUUAUGAAUUGCCUAUCUUCUACUCAUCAUGCACAAAGUCAAAUGGUGGAGGGACAGGUGAAACAAAUGGCACUAAAGUAUACUAUAAAUAUAUUUAAACAGAAACUGAGUUUAUCUUUGACGAUAAUUCAGUUAACUUAAGAUAAUUAAGUGGGAAAUUCAGACUCAUCGAAACUGGGGAUAGCGAAAAUGGGUGA